CCUGUCAUCCAGCAGCAGAGCAGCGGCGUGGACAGGCACACCGGGAGGACACUCCACAGCCAGAGCGGCACUGACAGAGAGGCAGUGGCGGAGGGGCCGGUGUGUUUUAUACGGAACAGAACCGCGCUUCCACUGGGGUGUUUUAUUAUUGGUGGGACCCGCCCUCUCUAACAUCUGGAGGCAGAGGUGCGCGAGAGGGAAACUACUGUUCCGCGUGCCCGUGUGAUGUUGCGGGGAUAACUUAUGAAGUGACCCGUGGACCGGAGCCGUGGGCCGGUGCUGCUACCGGGCUGAAGGAACCGGAGCUGCUCUGGAGCUGGCAGGGGAGGAGGGAGCUAGUGAGCAUGGCUGAACCAGGCAGCAGGAACAGCAGCCUGCAGAGGAAAAAGCCACCAUGGCUCAAACUGGAUAUCCCGACUAUCCAGCUGACACCGGACGACGCGCCCACAAUCACACUGCCUGUAAAACGCCUGCGCAGUGUCAGCAUGCCAGGGGAAAACCCUCAGACGGUAAUCGCUGCCUUGGAAACUUCCAACAACUACCUCAGGCCUCCUCUGGAGAGGCUGCCCUCCAUCACACACUCCAUCAAGAGUGAGAAAAAGGUGCGCUUUGAGCGAGUCAACACAGUUCCUCCGAAGGGCCAGAGGGGCCCCCAGAGGGUUUCAACUGUCCGAAGGCGCUCCUGCGUCCCCAAAAUACUGACACGAAGGCGUUCUUCCAUACCCAAACAGAUCAUCAGGGGUACAGCUGACUGGUUCGGCGUGAGCAAAGACUGCGACAGCACCCAGAGAUGGAGGAGGAAGAGCCUGCAGCACUGCAGCCAGCUGUAUGGUGGUCUGAAGGCGCAGGUGAUGAGGGAGAUGGAGCUCCACAGCCAAGACAACCUCUCCCUAGCCAGCACUGAGACCCCUCCUCCCCUUUACCUCCCACCCCACCACCCCAGUCACCACCACUAUGGCAUGCAGAGGAUCGUAGACCCUCUGGCGCGGGGUCGUGCCUUCCGUAUGGUGGAAGAGGUAGACGGCUUCAGUGUCCCGCAAACUCCCAUCACACCUGGCACCGCCUCCCUCUGCUCCUUUUCCAGCUCCCGCUCUGCCCUCAACCGAUUGCCAAGACGACGCAAAAGGGAGUCUGUUGCAGUCAUGAGUCUGAAGGCUGCAGCAGCGCUAAUGAAGGGCCGGACAUUAGGUGACAGCACAGCCGGCCGAUGUCGCAGACGGAGCUUCAUGCCUUCUAGUUUCUUUGAAGAUGACACCGUGGACUUCCCAGACGAUCUGGACACUUCUUUCUUCACCAGAGACGGUCUGCAUGAUGAGCUGUCAAGUUAUGCUGACGAGGUGUUUGAGACCGCCUCAGAAGCUGCCAUCAAACAGGUGGAUGAAUGUGAGCUCACAGGAAGUGCCCUGGAUAGGAAUGAGUUGGAGAGGAGUCACCUUAUGCUGCCUUUGGAGCGAGGGUGGCGGAAGGCGAAGGAUGGCUCUCUGGUCCAGCCGAAGGUCCGUCUCAAACAGGAGGUGGUGAGUGUCAGCCAACAGCAGCGCGGACAGAGAAUCGUUGUUCCUGUCAAGAAGCUGUUCGCCCGAGAGAAGAGGCCAUACGGACUAGGCAUUGUGGGUCGACUCACAAACCGGACGUACCGCAAACGCAUUGACAGCUACGUCAAAAGACAGAUUGAGGAUAUGGACGAUCACAGGCCUUUCUUUUCCUACUGGAUCACGUUUGUCCAUUUACUCAUCACUAUUCUGGCCGUCACUAUCUACGGCAUUGCUCCCGUGGGUUUCUCACAACAUGAAACUGUCGACUCGGUCUUGAGGAACAAGGGAGUAUAUGAGAAUGUGAAAUUUGUGCAGCAGCAAAACUUCUGGGUUGGUCCAAGCUCAGAAGCACUGAUCCAUUUGGGAGCGAAGUUCUCCCCAUGCAUGCGCCAAGACCAAGAGAUCCAUAAGCUGAUCCAGGAAAAGAGAGAGAAAGAAAGAGAGUCAGGCUGCUGUGUGAGGAACGACCGCUCCGGCUGCCUCCAGACUCUGCAAGAGGAGUGUUCGACUACCCUGGCAGUAUGGGUGAAGUGGCCUCAGCAUCCCAGUGCUCCGCAUCUGAACAGUAAACUCCGUCAGUAUGGUUCCGUGUGCCAUCAGGACCCCAGAAUCUGUCUGGAGCCAGCCUCAGUUUCACCUCACGAGUGGCCUGAUGAUAUUACCAAGUGGCCAGUUUGCACAAGGUAUAAUUCUGGGAAUCACACCAAUCUUCCACACAUCGACUGCACAAUCACAGGUCGACCCUGCUGCAUCGGAACCAAAGGGCGAUGUGAAAUCACUUCCAGAGAGUACUGUGAGUUCAUGCACGGCUACUUCCACGAGGAGGCUACUCUCUGCUCACAGGUGGCCUGUAUGGAUGAUGUGUGUGGUCUACUUCCUUUCCUCAACCCAGAGAUCCCAGAUCAGUUCUCCAGACUCUGGCUGUCCCUCUUCCUCCAUGCUGGGAUUCUGCACUGUCUGGUGUCAGUGCUGUUCCAGAUGACAGUCCUGAGGGAUCUGGAGAAGCUGGCCGGCUGGCUGCGUAUCUCCAUCAUCUACAUGCUGAGUGGCAUCACAGGCAACUUGGCCUCAGCCAUCUUUCUACCUUAUAGAGCAGAGGUGGGUCCUGCUGGAAGCCAGUUCGGCAUCUUGGCCUGUCUGUUUGUGGAGCUUUUUCAGAGCUGGCAGAUCCUUGAGCGACCGUGGCGAGCAUUUGCCAAGCUGCUGGCUAUCUCUGUCUUCUUCUUCUCUUUCGGCCUGCUGCCUUGGAUUGAUAACUUUGCCCACAUCUGCGGCUUUGUAUCAGGGUUCUUCUUGUCCUUUGCCUUCCUGCCAUAUAUCAGCUUUGGCCGCUCUGAUAUGUACCGGAAACGGGUCCAGAUCUGUGUUUUCCUGCUCAUCUUCCUGGGUUUGUUCUCUGCUCUGGCUGUCCUUUUCUACGUCUACCCUGUGAAGUGUGAGUGGUGCGAAUACCUCACCUGCAUCCCAAUCACGGACAAAUUCUGCGAGAAGUACGAUCUGAACGCCCACCUCCUCUGAACAUCAGCUCUUUCUUUUAUGGAUCUGCACUGCUCAGACUGGUCUCAACAUUUCAAACUACAGAGGAAGCUGACAUUUCAACACGGUACUAUAGUUCAGUGCAAGUGUUUUUCUAACACAUUGAUGAAAAAUUGUAUCCUGAACAUGUUAAGAUUCUGUGCGGAUGUUCCUGCAGUUUCAGAUGAUAUUUGUUGUCCUGUGUGGAAGUGUACAACAGACCCAGUAUGAAGAAUGCAUGACAGCCUGUAGGCUUUGUUAUUCACUGAACACAUUUACAUGCAUGGUGAUGAAACUGAAGCGGACUGAAAAGACUCAUGACUGAUCCCAGUGUGUCUGAUCUCUAGCUGGCCUAGUCACACUGAGUUUUACAUGUGCAAGAGUGUUAACCCUUUAACAUCCACCCUUUUCAUGGGACCCUAGGGUUAGGGUUAGGACUGUAGAGGAAGUGCAAGGCCAAACUGCAUGUAUUAGACUGCAUUUGAGGGGAACAUGUACUUGUUUCUGUGUUGAACAUGUGGCUGAAAUGCAACCUAAACUACAUCAGGGUGAACACAGCUCAAAUGUAACCAUUACCCUAACCCUAAAAUGGGUCACAAGUGAAAGGAGAAUGUUCAUAGUUUCUUUAAGGCAUUUCUUUUCCUGCCAGUGUCUCUUCAAGUGAAACUGGCCUCACAGCACCCCCAAGUGGACAAAAGGAACAUUAACCCUGUGACUGCCAUGAUGGGAUUUUCCCCCCCCCAAGUCAUAACAGGCUUUUCAUUUAUAUAACAGGCUUUUCAUUUAAUGGAUUUCCUUACAAUUACAAUACUUAACUGUGCCUUAUUGACACAAUGACACAAACACACAUCCUGUCAUUUUGUGCCAUGUAUCAGCCUUUAAAGCACUGCUUUCACAGAUUUUUGUAUUUACCCCAUGUUACAUGUAAAGAACACAUCUGUAUAUUAUUCAUCUUCUUUGUUGUGAAUAGGUGUUAUUGAGCUGAAUUUGUGUCUUUUUUAAUUAAUUGUGGUGGCGUUUUAGCUACUUGACAAUAAACACAAAUACACACAAAGUUA